ACAGAAGGGAAGGAGCUCAUCAGCACUCAUCAUCUCCUGAAAGCAGCCUUCUUCCCAAAGGAUCCUUCUCUAAAGGAUCCUUGCUCCAGAUCACCAUGACGUCUGGACCAAUUAUGUUGGUCCCAGUGUGUCUGGUAGAAAACAACAAUGAGCAGCUAAGGGUGAACCAGAAAGCCUUGAAGAUUCUUCGCAAGAUUUCUCAGCCUGUGGUGGUUGUGGCUAUUGUAGGUCCUUAUCGCACAGGAAAGUCCUACUUGAUGAACCGUCUUGCUGGAGAAAACCUUGGCUUUCCUCUGGGAUCCACAGUGCAAUCUGAAACCAAGGGCAUCUGGAUGUGGUGUAUGCCCCACCCCAACAAGCCAAACCACAGUCUGGUUCUUUUGGACACUGAGGGCCUGGGAGAUGUGCAAAAGGGUGACCCUAAGAAUGACACAUGGAUCUUUGCCCUGGCUGUGCUUCUGAGCAGCAUGUUGGUGUACAACAGCAUGGGCACCAUCAACAAUGAUGCCUUGGAGAAGAUGCAUUAUGUGACAGAACUCACAGAACUAAUCAGGGUGAAGUUUUCCCAGAGACUUGAUGGAGUAGAAGAUUCCACAGAAUUUGUGAGUUUCUUUCCAGACUUUGUUUGGACUGUACGGGAUUUCACUCUGGAGCUGAGCCUACAUGGUCACCCCAUCACGGAAGACGAGUACCUGGAGAAUGCCUUGAGUAUGAUUCCAGGUGAUAAUGAUAAAGCGAAAAAUACUAACACAUCAAGGGAUUGUAUUAGGCGUUUCUUUCCCAACCGGAAGUGUUUUGUCUUUGACCGGCCAAAAUAUGAAAAGGAGCUCCUAGCUCAUAUUGAGGACGUGUUGGAAAAUCAACUAAAUCCUGAAUUCCAGGAACAAUCAAAAAAUUUCCGUUCUCACAUCUUAACCCACGAAAAGAUCAAGACCCUCAGGGAAGGAGUCAAAGUCACUGGGAAUCGGCUGGGGAGUUUGGUGAAGACCUAUGUGAAUGCCAUCAACAGCGGAAUGGUGCCUUGUUUGGAGAAUGCAGUGACCACUCUGGCCCAGCGUGAGAACUCAGCAGCUGUGCAGAAGGCAGCCGACCACUACAGUGAGCAGAUGGCCCAGCGGGUGCAGUUCCCCACAGACACACUCCAGGAGCUGCUGGAGGUGCACGCAGCCUGUGAGAGGGAAGCCAUUGAAGUCUUCAUGGAGCACUCCUUCAAGGAUGACAAGCUGGAGUUCCAGAAGAAGCUGAUGGACACCAUAGAGAGAGAGAAAAAAGCUCUCCUGCUGCAGAAUGAAGAGGUAUCUGUCAACUGCUGCGAGGCUCGGCUGAAGCAGCUUUCAGGGCCCCUGAUGCGAAGCAUCUCAAGAGGAGUGUUCUCUGUUCCUGGAGGCCAUAGGCUCUACUUAGAAGCAAAGAAGAAGGUGGAACUUCAGUACAAUCUAGGGUCCAGGAAAGGAGUGAAGGCAAACGAGGUCCUUCAGAGCUUCCUGAAGUCACAGCUUGCCGUAGAAAAAUCCAUCCUGCAGUCAGAUAAAGCCCUCACUGCUCAAAAGAAGGCCAUAGCAGUUGAGCGGCUCAAGAGGGAGGCAGCUGAGAAGGAACAGGAGCUGCUAAGACAGCAACAGCAAGAGCAGCAGGAAAUGAUGGAAGCACAAAAGGGAAGCUUAAAAGAACACAUUGCUCAGCUGGAGAAGAAGUUGGACAGGAAAAUGGAGAACCUUCUGAAAAGGUUGGAAAAUAAUCUGGACCAUAAGCUAAAGGUCCAAGAAAAACUUCUGACUGAAGGAUUUCAAAAGGAAGCUGAGAAGCUAAGAAAAGAGAUAGAUCGACUACGAGAUGAACUAGAUGACAUCAACACCAAAAAAUCCUCAGUUGUCUCACAGAUCCUUGAUUUUGUUUCCUCUGUGAUAAGGGUAGGAACUUCUGCUGAUACACUCUUGGAUGUAGUGAGGAAUAUAUGUGAUCUAUUACGAACGCAUUUCUCCUAAGAAAAUGAUAAAAUAAAAAUUUAAAUUUUAAUUACACAACAUGUUGUUCAAUAUUUAAGUAAACAAUAUAAAGAAAUGGGAAACAAAUAAGGAGAUAAUGAAAUUGUUAGUAGAAAAGUUUUGAGUAAAGCAAAGACAAAUGCCAAGAUGAAGAAAACAUUUGCAGUUUGAUUUUAGACAUGAUGAUAUUAUAACUAAUGAUGAGCUCUUGUGAGAAGAGACAAACAACUACAUUUCUAAAUCAGCAGAGAUAUGAUAAAAUUUUUGACUUUACUGAUAAUAAAAUUUGUGCAAAAUGAAA